AUGCCUUCCUACACUUUCGGAGGACUUGAUUUUCAAGAGACGCCUGCGGCUCCCAAUCCUGAGCCCUCGAACACCAAGUUUGGCGUUAGAACUACGGAUUCGCCGGCUAUCAAAAAUGCUCCCCUACCGGCUGAGGGGCCAUCUUCGAAGCACUUUUCGAACCUUCUCGUUCUUGCCCUUAUUACCGGGAUUCCCUUCUACGUGACGAGGAAGUUGGGCGGUGGAACCAAAACUUUUGUGUUCUUUUUCUUGCUUUUUGUUCUGCCCAUCUUGAUGGCCUACUGGACCUUGGCAUCAACCUUUUCCCCCCGUUUGAACGAGAAGUGUAAGCUUCCUGGUAAGCCAAUUGAACACUACUUGACUUUCCAUGAUGAUAGGCUAGCCAGGAAGUAUCAUGACAAAAAGAUUCCAAUGGAAACUUUCCACGAGCUUUAUUUUGCUAACAAAGUUUCGUUUAAUGGAGAUGCCCUUGAAAUCUUAGAAUACAGACAUGACUGGGCACAGUUCUCUUUCACCUUGUCCUUGUUCAAAUUCUUCUUGUUUGGCAUGAUCCCUGAAGUUAUCAUGCACACCAGAUCCCAGGACGAAGAACAGGUCAGGGACCACUACGACCGCGGUGACGACUUCUACGCUUGGUUUUUGGGUCCUAGAAUGGUAUACACGAGUGGUGUGAUCUCUGACAUUGAGUCCGAGGAAACUCUCGAACAACUUCAGGACAACAAACUGAAGGUUGUGUGCGACAAAAUUGACCUGAAGGCUGGAGAAUAUUUGCUGGACUUGGGCUGUGGCUGGGGAACCUUGGCUGCUUACGCUUCAAAGGUUUGUGGUGCUAAAGUCACUGGUAUCACAUUAGGAAGAAAUCAAACUAAAUGGGGCAAUGAAAAGCUUGAAUUGCAAGGAAUUUCCGAGACUCAGUCACGUAUUCUGUGUUUGGAUUAUAGAGAUACACCUAUGGCGACUGCUGAGGGAAAGAAAUAUGACAAAAUCACCUGCUUGGAAAUGGCGGAGCACGUAGGAAUCAGAAAAUUUGGUGCCUUUUUACAACAGGUUUAUGAUAUGCUUGAAGAUGAUGGUUUGUUUUAUUUGCAAUACGCCGGGUUGAGAAAAUCUUGGCAGUACGAAGACCUCAUCUGGGGUUUGUUCAUGAACAAAUAUAUUUUCCCUGGUGCUGACGCUUCGACGCCUUUGGACUUUGUCGUCGGCAAACUCGAGGGCUCUGGCUUCGAGGUGGUUUCUAUCGACAACAUCGGCGUUCACUAUUCAGCUACUUUGUGGAGAUGGUACCGGAAUUGGAUGGGCAACAAGGACUCUGUCGUUAACAAAUACGGGGUCAAGUGGUUUAGGGUUUGGGAGUAUUUCUUGGCUACCUCUACUAUUAUCUCAAGACAAGGAUCGGCAACCUGCUUCCAAAUUGUCUUAAGAAAGAACAUCAACGCUUAUCACCGUAUUGAAUACGUCCCCAAACAGAAAGGACUUUUGGGACCAAUCAAGGAAGGCGUCCCUAAGUGGUUCAAAUAA